CUGAGGAAGGAGCAGGAUGGAGCCAGAAGGAGACCUGGAGGAGGCGCAUGGAGCCUAGAGACACGUAAAGAAACUGUGCUUGUCUUUUGGUCGUGGACUGGGUGACACAGAUGUGGUAUAGCUGACCUAAGCCUCCUAUCACCAGAGGAGCGGGAAGCUGAUCACUGGGAUAGGACUGAGGGCGGUCCCUGAAUUGAGGUCCUGUGAGCUCAGCUCCCGGGAGAUGUGUGUAUGUAUAUAUAUAUCCUUCUAUCUGACUAUACCCAGCACUUCUGAAAUACUAGCAUUUGGGAGCAGCACCAGUAGCAUCUCCCCGCGCCAGUGCAUUUGGACCUGCUACCCCUUAUCAGACACAACUUCCUGCCACUGAGGAGCGGAGCCCAGCUGCGGCACGUCCAGCCCCCUCGUGAGGAUGUCUCUGCAGAGCGUGUCCCGGGACAGGAGCGACCUUCAUGGUCUGAGCAUGCUGGAAAACCCCCAGGGCUCAGCUCCAUCCGGGAAAGCCAGGUCUCUGGAUAACACCCCCUCCAGGGCCAGCAGGGCCAGAAGUCCUGAGAGCCCUGUGCAGCCUGCAGAGGCUCAGGUCUGCAUGGCCGCAGCUCCCAGUGUGGAGGCAUCCAGUGAGCUUCUCCCCAGCGAGCAAAGUACUCCCCCGGAUGCCAAGAAGGACAAAACCCAGAAGUGGCACCAGCAGGGGUGGGUGAAGAGCUUCUUGAACUUCUUCCUGAGGUCAGGUCCUGAGGAGCCCAAAGAAAAGGCCGAUAGGACAAAGGGGAAGGAAGGCCUCCCCCAGAUCACAGAAAUCCCUGUGCAGCCAGUCGUCAGGAAGAAAUCCCACGACAAGAAGGCCAGCCGCAAGAAACACAGUCACAGGAAGUCUAUUGUUGAGGAAAUCACGGUGGUCCAAGAUCAGGAGGCUGAAGGCCAAGAGGCAGGCCUGUCCACGGUGGCUGCUGCCUGGGGCUCGAAGAAGGAAGCCAACCUGGACCCAGCUGGCGGAGGCGGGGAAGACUCUGAUCUCUACCAUCCUGGGCUCAUCAAGCGUCAGGGCUCUGGUGUCUCGGCGGCUGCGCCCCAAGACUCUGGUCAUCAGUCAGAAGAGACGCCCAGAAAGUCUGACAGGGAUUCUAUCAUCCAGACCAUAGUAGAACUUAUCAAGAAAGUGGCAGAUUAUUGUGAAAAAGAGAAUGGAGCAGGAGCUGCAGAUGCUUCCAAUUUGGAAUCCCAACCCCCCAGGAGGCCCAGCCACCUGCCUCCGUAUGAUGGGAACCAAAAGCAUCCCAUCUCCAGCAGUUCUGACAUGGAGAAACCCAAAGUCCAAGUGGCUCUGACCACAGAAGGUGGGGAUCUAAGCCCCUUGGAGGCUUACCCAGGAGCAGGAUGCCAGGAACCUGAAGAGGACUUGCCACUGGACAAAGUUUCUGAAUCUAAGGAAACUAUCAUCCAGAUCAUAGUGGAAUUUCUCAAAAAGGAGGAACUUCAAGUCUCUCAGCCAGAGGUGGUUCCACAAAACUCAGCAUCGGCCCCCAGGAAGAAAUCCCAGGAGAAAAAGUUAACUCUCAAGAGAGUCUUUUCUUAUAAGAAAUAUGUAUCUGAGGAGCCCAGGAAAGUGGGGGCUGCAGGUGCUGCCAGCCCAGAAUCCCGGCCCCACAAGAGAACCAGCUUCCUGACUCGGUGUGUUGAGGGCCAUCGACCCUCCGUCAGCACGUCUGACAUAGAGGAACCCAAAGUCCAAGAUGCUCUGACCAUAGAAGGUGGGGAUCUAAGCCCCUUGGAGGGUCACCCAGGAGCAGGACGCCAGGAACAUGAAGAGGACUUGUCACCGGACAGAGUUUCUGAAUCUAAGGAUGCUAUCAUCCAGAUGAUAGUGGAAUUUCUCAAAAAAGUAGGAGACCAGUAUGAAAAAGAGGAACUCCCUCAGCCAAAGGUGGUUCCACAAAACCCAGCACCACCCCCCAGGAAGAAAUCCCAGGAGAAAAAGAUAAGCUUCAAGAGAGUCUUUUCUCAUAAGAAAUAUGGAUCUGAGGAGCCCAAAAAAGUGGAGGCUGCAGGCGGUGCCAGCUUGGAAUCCCGGCCUCCCAAGAGGCCCAGCUUCCAUCCUCUGUGUGGUGUGGGCCAGCGAACCUCCUCCAGCACAUCUGAUCCAGAGCCAGAGCCAGAGGUCGAGCUCCAGGAGUCCUUGCCUGCAGAAGGGGUGCGAAUUGGAGCCUCAGAAGCAGCUCCACAGGCCGGAAGCCACAAGGCCGAAGCAGGCCCUCAGCAGAAUGGAGCAUGUGAAUUUAAAGAGAAGAUCUUCCAGAAGCUGGCGGCCAUUCUCCAAGAAGUGAGUGACCAGCUGAGGGAUCAGAUCAGGCGAAACCCCGGCCUUAAGAAGUAUUUUCGAGAGAUCUUAGACGCCUCCCUGGAAAAGCUGGUAACCAGCCUGCAGAGCCAGGAGGCCUGCUCCACAGAACUGAACAGAAGCCAUGUGGAGAGACCCUACCAGUUGUCCUUGGGUUUGCCGAACAAGUUUGCUGACAACAAUAGCCACAAUGUCAUCAGCCUCAUGGACUUCACUGGGCACUACGGCCGAAGACACAGUUGUGGCCAGUUUUCCUACAGAGAGGCCCAGCAGAACAUCACUAGUCCUGAGAUCCAAAGUCCAGAUUGAAAACUGUGCCAUUCACUCAAACGCUUUGGGCGAAUUCCUGAACUAGCCACACAAUCGGGAGCUUUAGCCAGAAGACCCUGAAGUUGCUUUGUGCUGUGCAAUCAGACGUGACAGAGACACAUGUGGAAAACUGCUCUCUUGUGUCCGGGGACCCAUGUGGGCUUCUGAGACUGAGAAUCGUUCUUCCACAAAGCUGGAGGCAGAGGCUCAUUGCGGGAAAUAAGCGCUGGACUGGGAGUCAGGAGACCAGGGCUCCAUCUGCUGACCUGCCCUAACUGGCCACAGGCCCUCUAUGUGUCUCUUCUCUGCUUGGACCUGGGAUAAUGAGCCGGAUCAAUGAGUCAUCAGAGCAGUUUGGUUCUGUUGUGCUGAGCUCUCUGUAAAGGGAGGUAGUGAGGGCUUUCACUCGCUGACUAAAGACAUCCCACUGGGCAGGAGGCAAUCUUGGAAGAUUUACUGAAUGAACAAAGGCAUGAAUGAAGAGAACGCCUGAGAUCAGGCAGUUCUGCCAGGCAUUCCUAGGAAGGCUUGAUCCUGAACUGGAAUUGUGUGCCCUGUGGGUCUAUCUGUAAGUUAGGGGGUUAUGGAGGAAGUGGGAGAGCUACCUCUAUAGGCAGUGAUCCAGAGCAUUGAACUUGGAGUCUCUGUGUUGUAAGGUCACCCUUAGUGCCAACUUUGGUACCCUUGGGUGAGUGUCCUCAAGAGACUUGAAUGUUUUUAUAUCCCCAAUCAUAUUUAUUUUUUAUUAUUCUGUGUUUUCUUGAUCCACAGGGUCUAAAAUAUACCUACUAUCAUGUAGAAGCCUUGCUGACAUCUUUUCAAAUAAAUUUUUGUUUAAUUUAAUCUCAUUGGAACAUCUACCUGCAUUUAAAUAGAUGGGCGUCUCUCUGUAAGACAUAAUUUAUUCAAUUGACCAACAGUGCUCAAUGCUCACAUGGAUUUGUAAAUGCCUCUCAGGAAAUCUGGAGGUCCCAGAUGGGCAUGACCUACAAAUUGGGGGUCCCUGGUCUCUCAGAAUCCUUUCAACCUGUGUCCUAUAAUCCUGGAACCAGCAAAAGGAUAUUGGUGCCUUGUACCUCUCUUGUCUUAUGGGGAUUUGCCAGGAGUCAGUGAGAAAAUGGAUGUGGAGAUUUCUGAAAAUUACAUAGUGCCAUGUGUAUGCCUGUUGUCAUUAUUAUAGUGGUAAUUUGAGUAAAUUUCUGAAAAUAAGGGAGGUCUUCAAGCUGGAUGGCCAUGGCUGUUUGCAUGGGUAUGCACUGCUCAAGUUGCCACACCCCAGGAAGUGCUAUUUACUUCCAAGACAAUGUGGAUUUGCAGACUUAUGACGACAAUUUUCCAUCUGAUGGAAGUAAACUUGUGAAAGGUACUUUGUUUUUGCACAAAGGUGAGAUGAGGGCCUGCUUGUCAUUCUGCCUCCUACAAGCUGAAGUUUCAACAGAUUGGCUCAGAGGGCCAACCUGAAAGCUUGUGUGCCUGAUGGGGUGAUGAGCAGACAUCUCUCUCCUUGGACAUUGCCUGGAACACAUGGCCAGAGGGGAGAGGGUGUUAAAACCUGGAUGGAAAACCAGUUUUGUUAUCCUCUGUAGACAUUUUUACUGCUCUAUUGAUUCAGUGGCAAGAGCCUUGGUGUGAGUUUAGAGAGGGGGAGAAGCCCAAGGCAGAGAGAGGUCCUGGGUAUUGAGAGAGGACUGACCUCAACUCUGAGGCCAAGUUUUAGGAACUCCAACUAAACAUAUUCAAAAGCCAUUUUGUUUUAUUGUAGCUUCUAAGAAGUGGGGGAGAGGUGAUUUAUUUAUAGAUUUAUUCUAGGCAGUGUUCAGGAACACUGCCCCAAAAUGGGAGGGAUCAGAAUCAGUUUUGAAAAGAGGGUCAGGAAGCUUCUGUACAUAGUUUCUUUUUUGCAGUGGCAUUCUUUAAGUUAUGUGAGGAUUUAGUAUAAGUUCCC